AUGGGGGGCAUGACGAGUAAGCCAUGGCUCUUAUUUGCUCUGCUUCUAAUCCUCUCUUUUGGCAGAGCAUGCUUCUCCAUAUCCGGCGAUACCCUUUCACCAGGUCAGUCUCUUUCUUAUUCAAAGAACGAGACCAUAGUAUCUCAAGGUGGCACUUUUGAGCUCGGUUUCUUCAGACCAGGAAGUUCAUUAAAAAUCUACCUGGGCAUAUGGUAUAAAAUGUUUGACCAGAAGGACAAUAUUGUUUGGGUAGCAAAUAGAGAAGACCCUCUGUUUGACCUGCCUUCGUCAAGACUUGACCUCUCAGAAGAUGGCAAUCUACUCCUGUAUGGAGGUUCCUCCAGCAUCCCUUUUUGGUUGACAAAUUUGACAUUUCCCGGGUCGAAUUUAACUGAAGCAGUACUUGGGGAAGAUGGGAAUUUUGUUUUAAGAGAUAGGUCGAAUGCGUCUUCUAUAUUGUGGGAGAGUUUCGACUAUCCGACCGAUACACGGCUCCCAGGUGCAAAGUUUUGGAUCGAUAAGUUUCCUCGAAAACAACAGCAACUCGUUUCAUGGAAAAAUUCAGAAGAUCCAGCACCUGGUGUGUUCUCGGAGGGGUUAGACUCAAAUGGAAGCAAUCAAGUUUGCUUACAGUGGAACACAUCCCAAAUCUAUUGGUGUUCUGGAGUUUGGAAUGGAAAUUCUUUCAGCUUAAUUCCUGAGAUGACAUUGAAUUCUGUCUACAACUUCAGUGUUGUGUCAAAUGAAAAGGGAAGAUAUUUUACUCAUUAUCUUCGUAAUUCAUCUUACCGCUCUAAAAUGGUGAUGUCGUCUACAGGAAAACUGCAGCUAUGGACGUGGCUGUCUGGCCCUUUGGUAUGGAAAACAUUUUGGUAUGGACCGUUGGACCAAUCUGAUGUCUAUGCUUUGUGUGGUGAAUUUGGCGUGUAUCGUGAGAAUUCCUCGAGCCCCUGUGAAUGUCUAAAAGGUUUUGAACCAUUUUCGAUGAACUACACCAGACUAAAUGAUUGGUCGGGUGGCUGUGUGAGGAAAUCUCCUUUGCAAUGUGAGAAUAAUACGUAUGGUAAUGGGACAAAAGAUUGGUUCAUGAAAAUGCCAAACGUGAGAUUGCCUGUUAAUUCGAAAGCAUAUAAUUGGGCAGUGAGUGAUAGGAUUAAUUGUGAAGCGGCUUGCAUGAAUAAUUGCUCUUGCACAGCUUAUGCUUAUAAUAGGAGUGGGUACUGUAUGAUAUGGGAAGGAGCUAUUUUUAAUUUACAGCAGCUCUCAGAUGCUGGCGAGACUGGAGAAUAUAUCUAUCUUAAACAUGCUCCUAAUGAGAAUCAAAGUACCAAAGGCAAAAAAUGGAAAGUAUGGGUAGCUGUGCUGGUCCCUUCAAUAGGGCUUAUCUUAUACCUUAUCAUUUGUUUUUCAACCAGAGGAAAGCUCAAACACAUAGGAGACAGCUCUUCAAGCAAUAAUUUGCUAUUAUUUGAUUUUGAUACUGAACUCCAUCCAAUCAAUGAUGGAAUGAACACCGACAAAGAUAUGAAGAAACGAGAGAAGAAGGAUGCUGUGUUACCAUUAUUCAGUUAUAAUAGUGUAUCAGCUGCAACUAAUAAUUUCUCAACUACAAAUAAGCUUGGAGAAGGAGGUUUUGGACCUGUUUACAUGGGAAAUUUACUUAGCGGGCAGAAAAUUGCAGUGAAGAUGCUUUCAAAAAAAUCUGGACAAGGAAUUGAGGAGUUCAGAAAUGAGACAAAACUAAUUGCAAAAGUCCAGCAUAAAAAUCUUGUCAGACUCUUAGGUUGUUGUAUUGAACGAGAUGAAAAGAUAUUAAUAUAUGAGUACAUGCCCAAUAAAAGUUUGGACUUCUACCUUUUUGGGAUCACUCAAGGGCUUCUUUAUCUUCAUCAAUAUUCAAGAUUACGAAUCAUACAUAGAGAUCUAAAACCUAGCAACAUUCUCUUGGAUAGUGAAAUGAAUCCAAAAAUAUCAGAUUUUGGCAUGGCUCGAAUAGUUGGAGGCAAUGAAACACAAGCAAACACAAACCGAAUUGCUUGGGAGUUGUGGAUAGAUGAUCGGAGUUUGGAGUUGAUAAAUCCAACAAUUGGGUAUCCUUCUUCUAGUUCUCUUCCGUUGAGAUUCAUUAACAUUGGCCUUCUUUGUGUCCAAGAAAGUCCGAUUGAUCGUCCUACCAUGCUUGAUGUAGUCUCAAUGAUUAGCAAUGAACAUGCACCUCUACCUACACCUAAGCAACCAGCGUUUACCACAUACCAGAAUAUGAUGGACUCAAAUUUAACAAUUGAUGGUGCAUGUAAUUGCUCAAAUAAUAGUGUUACUAUAUCAGUAAUGGAAGCCCGAUGA